AUGGGGAGCAUAAAGGCCCCCUUUUUUAUGAGUUCCAGUGCAGUGAAAGGCUGGGGUAGAAUUCCUGCCUUUGCCUUCCCCUGCAGGGGAUCCAGGUUUAACCUGAUUAUGCCCAGCAGGCCUAGCAGCGAAAACCGCAAAUGCCACUUCAGUGCCCCCUCGCACGUGCGCAGGAAGAUCAUGUUAUCACAACUCUCCAAGGAGCUAGGGCAGAAGUAUAUAACCUGGCCCAUGCCCAUCCGCGAGGACAAUGGGGUCCAGGUGGUUCGAGGACACGACCAAGGUCAGCAAAUCGGCAAGGUAGUCCAGGUGUACAGAAAGAAGUAUGUCAUCUACAUCCAGCAGGGGCUGCGUGAGAAAGCUGAGGGCACAACUGUCCACGUGGGCAUUCACUCAAGCAAGGUGGUGAACACCAGGCCAAAGCUGGGUAAAGAUCGGAAAAAAAUUCUUGAACACAGAGCCAAAUCUCAACAAGUUGGUAAAGAGAAAGGCAAAUAUAAGGAAGAACUUAUUGAGAAAACACAGGAGUUAAUAUAACCUAUUGUGCAACUGUGGUUUAACUGCAGAUUUUUAGCCUGGUGUGUAUCUCUUUGAAACUUUGUUGUGUCUCUGGAACAUUUGUUUUCUUCUCUUUUGUUACUGCUAUGGGGCUCUGUAAAUCUACUUAUGCUGUUUUGAUGAAUAAUUUUAUGAAUAAAAAUUGUAAA